UCUGAGAGACCCUGAAUGGUCCCUGUGAGUCCAGCUGCUGUGUCACCCAGUGACUGCCACCUCCAGCCCCACAGGCUGCUGUCAUGUCAGCUUCAGGAGAUGGGACCAGGGGUUCCCCCAAAUCCAAGGGCAAGACCCUGAGCAGUUUCUUCGGGUCCCUGCCUGGCUUCAGCUCUGCCCGGAACCUGGUGUCCCACACUCACAGAUCCACAAAGGACAUACAAACAGCCAUAGACCCCUCAGGGACUCUUGUCCCUCCAUCUCCAGUGGCCACCAACCCACAGAUGGCAGGGGGUGCAGCAGGGCUGCUCCAACCUUCUGAACAGACAUCUGGGGACAAGGACAUGGGAAGCUUCAAUGUGACAAGCAAAGAUGCCUUCUCCUCUGGAGUGGUUGGUAUCAUGGAUGCUGCAAAAGGAAUGGCCCAGGGGGGCCUGGGUGCCACCCAGUCGGCCCUCAUGGGCACUAAGGAGGCAGUGUCUGGAGGUGUCAUGGGAGCAGUGGGCAUGGCCAAAGGUCUUGUCAAGGGAGGUUUGGACACCUCAAAGAAUGUCCUCACCAAUACGAAGGACACAGUUACCACAGGACUCAUGGGAGCGGCAAACAUGGCCAAAGGGACAGUGCAGACAGGCCUGGACACCACCAAGUCUGUGGUCAUAGGCACAAAAGACACGGUGACCACAGGACUCACAGGGGCUGUGAACGUGGCUAAGGGGACAGUGCAGACAGGCCUAGACACCACCAAGUCUGUGGUCAUGGGCACCAAGGACACGGUGACCACAGGACUCACAGGGGCUGUGAACGUGGCCAAAGGAGUAGCCCAGGGAGGCCUGGACACCACCAAGUCUGUGGUCAUGGGCACAAAAGACACGGUGACCACAGGACUCACAGGGGCUGUGAACGUGGCCAAAGGAGUUGCCCAGGGAGGCCUGGACACCACCAAGUCUGUGCUGAUGGGCACCAAGGACACGGUGACCACAGGACUCACAGGGGCUGUGAACAUGGCCAAAGGAACAGUACAGACAGGUCUGGAUACCAGUCAGAAAGUGCUGAUGGGCACCAAGGACACGGUGACCACAGGACUCACAGGGGCUGUGAACGUGGCCAAAGGAGUAGCCCAGGGAGGUCUGGACACCACCAAGUCUGUGGUCAUGGGCACCAAGGACACGGUGACCACAGGACUCACAGGGGCUGUGAACGUGGCCAAAGGAGUUGCCCAGGGAGGCCUGGACACCACCAAGUCUGUGCUGAUGGGCACCAAGGACACGGUGACCACAGGACUCACAGGGGCUGUGAACAUGGCCAAAGGAACAGUACAGACAGGUCUGGAUACCAGUCAGAAAGUGCUGAUGGGCACCAAGGACACGGUGACCACAGGACUCACAGGGGCUGUGAACGUGGCCAAAGGAGUAGCCCAGGGAGGCCUGGACACCACCAAGUCUGUGGUCAUAGGCACAAAAGACACGGUGACCACAGGACUCACAGGGGCUGUGAACGUGGCCAAAGGAGUUGCCCAGGGAGGCCUGGACACCACCAAGUCUGUGCUGAUGGGCACCAAGGACACGGUGACCACAGGACUCACAGGGGCUGUGAACGUGGCUAAGGGGACAGUGCAGACAGGCCUGGAUACCACCAAAUCUGUGGUUAUGGGCACCAAGGACACGGUGACCACAGGACUCAUAGGGGCUGUGAACGUGGCCAAAGGAGUUGCCCAGGGAGGCCUGGACACCACCAAGUCUGUGGUCAUGGGCACCAAGGACACGGUGACCACAGGACUCACAGGGGCUGUGAACAUGGCCAAAGGAACAGUACAGACAGGUCUGGAUACCAGUCAGAAAGUGCUGAUGGGCACCAAGGACACGGUGACCACAGGACUCACAGGGGCUGUGAACGUGGCCAAAGGAGUUGCCCAGGGAGGUCUGGACACCACCAAGUCUGUGGUCAUGGGCACCAAGGACACGGUGACCACAGGACUCACAGGGGCUGUGAACGUGGCCAAAGGAGUUGCCCAGGGAGGCCUGGACACCACCAAGUCUGUGCUGAUGGGCACCAAGGACACGGUAACCACAGGACUCACAGGGGCUGUGAACGUAGCCAAAGGAGUUGCCCAGGGAGGUCUGGACACCACCAAGUCUGUGGUCAUGGGCACCAAGGACACAGUGACCACAGGACUCACAGGGGCUGUGAACGUGGCUAAGGGGACAGUGCAGACAGGCCUGGAUACCACCAAGUCUGUGGUCAUGGGCACCAAGGACACGGUGACCACAGGACUCACAGGGGCUGUGAACGUGGCCAAAGGAGUUGCCCAGGGAGGCCUGGACACCACCAAGUCUGUGCUGAUGGGCACCAAGGACACAGUGACCACAGGACUCACAGGGGCUGUGAACGUGGCUAAGGGGACAGUACAGACAGGCCUGGAUACCACCAAGUCUGUGGUCAUGGGCACCAAGGACACGGUGACCACAGGACUCACAGGGGCUGUGAACAUGGCCAAAGGAGUUGCCCAGGGAGGCCUGGACACCACCAAGUCUGUGCUGAUGGGCACCAAGGACACAGUGACCACAGGACUCACAGGGGCUGUGAACGUGGCUAAGGGGACAGUGCAGACAGGCCUGGAUACCACCAAGUCUGUGGUCAUGGGCACCAAGGACACGGUGACCACAGGACUCACAGGGGCUGUGAACGUGGCCAAAGGAGUUGCCCAGGGAGGCCUGGACACCACCAAGUCUGUGGUCAUGGGCACCAAGGACACGGUGACUACAGGAAUCACAGGGGCCAUGAAUGUGGCUAAAGGGACAGCACAGAUGGGUCUUGGCACCAGUAAGAAUGUGCUGAUUGGCACAAAGGACACUGUAUGUGCUGGGGUCACAGGAGCCAUCAACAUGACCAAAGGAGUUGCCCAGGGAGGCCUGGACACCACCAAGUCUGUGCUCAUGGGCACCAAGGACACGGUGACCACGGGACUCACAGGGGCCUUUAAUGUGGUUAAGGGGACAGUGCAGACAGGCAUGAAGGACACUGUCUGUGUUGGGGUUAAGAGUACCAUGAACAUGGCUAAAGAUAUUCAUAAGAACACGGACACUACCAGAGACACACAGUGUACCGUGCUGGCUCAUUCAGGUGAUGUAGCCACCAAUGCCAUCCACACAGGUGUUCACACAAUCCCGAGUUUUCUCUCUGGCUCUCAUUCCACCAUAUGUCAUGAGCCUAGCUGUCACAGAUCCACCAACCAAGGGGUAGGACAGGCCGCCCUGACUUCCACAGAGUUCCUGUGCUCUGAGACCAAUAGCUUCUCAGACACAUACGGCUUAGGGCAUGUCACAGAGCCCAUAGGUGCCACCAAAACCCUUGUGUCUGGUAUGGCUUCAUCUGCCCACACAACUCCCAGGUCUGUGGAGGAGUGUGGUCAGCUGGCUGCCACAGGCUUUGCUGCACUUCGUCAUGAGUUGAAAGGGUUGGGUGAUAUCUUCCAGCCCAUGACAGCUGAAGAACAAGCUCAGCUGGCGGCCUCAGAGUCAGGGCCCCGAGUACUCUCUGCUGAUCGGGGAAGCUACUACAUCCGCCUGGGUGACCUGGCCCCCAGCUUCCGCCAGCGGGCUUUUGAACAUGCCCUGAGCCACAUACAGCACAACCAGUUCCAAGCCAGGGCCACACUGGCCCAGCUCCAGGAGGCCUUCCAGAUGACAGACAUGACCAUGGAGGCUCCAGGUGGAAAGCUGUGCAGGGACUUGAGCUUGAGUACCACGGCAGAGGCUACUGGUAGCCAUGAGUUCUUUUCAGGGACGCUGACCCUGCUACAUGGUUCCAAGGCUUCAAUCCUGGGACUUCUACUGCAACUAAGGCUGCACAUUCACAAUGGCCUCUCCCAGUGCCAGCCCUCGGCUGCUCUUCAAGACUUCUUCAGCCUUCAAAACAGCACCACCUAGGUGACUUCAUAUAACUAAGUUUGACUGCCAACACAAGAUGCAAGUUUGAUGCUUUCAGCCUCUGUGUGCUAACCCUGAAGAAUCUCUUCCCAGAUUUUGCCUCAGCAAUGCUGGUCUCUGUCACCUAUGAUUCUUAACUCCAGCAUCGAUUUUUCUCACAAAGCAAAGGUUUCACUUUAGUAGGAUGGGCCAAUAAAAGAAUCCUUAACAUA